ACCAUGGAAGACACUCGGUCCAAACCCGGCACUCCGGAGCCCAGUCCCGCACCCAGUCCCGUACCCAGUCCUGCACCAAGUCCUGUACCCAGUCCGCUGUUGGACAGAAUCCCUUUGCCAUCAGGAAACCAUGUGGAACACCUUAAUGUGAACCAGAUCCAGGUAGUAGUGCGGCGUUGUUCGAGUCCAAAUGUCACAGAGGAAACAACCUAUUUUCUUCCUCGCAACCCUGUGGUGGAUGCUGGUACCAACACAGAACCACCGAUGGUCUGCUGCCCUUUGAUUCACAGAUUUUGCCCUUGUCCUCCAAGAGGCCUUGUGGCCUCUGUCAUAACAAAAGUCCUCUUGGCCGCGGUGCUCUUCGGAGUGGUGUGGUCCGUCACAGAGGAUGAGUGUCUUCCAGGGGGUAACCUGUUUGGCAUUACGGUGCUUUUCAUCUGUGCAGUUAUUGGUGGUAAACUAGUGGCUCUGAUCCAAUUGCCCAGACUUCCACCAUUCCCUCCACUUCUUGGUAUGCUGCUCAUGGGCUUCAUGCUGAGAAAUAUCCCAGUAAUAACAGACGGUGUGUAUAUUAAUUUCAAGUGGUCCGCCUCCCUCAGGAACAUUGCACUGGCGGUCAUCCUAGCCAGAGCCGGUCUGAGUUUGGAUCCCUCGGCUCUGAGGAAGCUGAAAUCUGUGUGUUUGCGUGUGGCAGUGGGGCCCUGCAUCAUUGAGGCCUGCACCAUAGCUCUGGCCUCACACUUCCUCAUGGGUUUGCCCUGGGUGUGGGGCUUCAUUCUUGGUUUUGUGCUUGGCGCUGUAUCUCCAGCAGUGGUGGUCCCCUCCAUGUUGCUACUGCAGAAGGACGGUUAUGGUGUGGAGCAGGGCAUCCCAACGGUGUUAAUGGCAGCAGGCAGCUUUGAUGACAUUCUCGCCAUAACAGGGUUCACUACAUGCUUGGGCAUGGCUUUUGCUACAGGUUCCACAUGGUACAACCUCUUGAGAGGGGUGCUGGAGGUGGCUGGUGGCCUGCUUGCUGGGAUCCUUCUUGGCUUCCUCAUCCAGUACUUUCCCAGUCUCGACCAGAAACACUUGGUGAUGAAGCGAUCCUUCCUGGUACUCGGCCUGUCUGUCUUUGCUGUGUUUGGCAGUGGUGUGGCUGGCUUUCCUGGUUCUGGUGGCCUCUGCACUCUGGUAUUGGCAUUUCUUGCUGGUCUCGGAUGGGGUACAGAAAAGGCACGCGUGGAGGAAGUGGUGGGCUGGGCAUGGGAUGUGUUUCAGCCACUUCUGUUUGGUUUAAUCGGAGCAGAGAUACGAGUGUCCGAGUUGGAGGGACACAUAGUUGGUCUGGGUAUUGCUUCUUUGCUCAUUGCCCUGGUGAUUCGACUUCUUUUCACCUAUGUUUGCGUGUUGUUCGCCGGCUUUAACAUUCGAGAAAAGGUGUUUAUUGCGCUGGCGUGGAUGCCCAAAGCCACAGUGCAGGCAGCCAUUGGCUCCACAGCUUUGGACAUGGCCAGAACUAGGCAAGACAAGCAGAUGCAGAAGUAUGGCAUGGACGUGCUGACUGUAGCUGUGCUUUCCAUUCUUCUCACGGCGCCAGUAGGAGCCCUUAUCAUUGGCCUGUGUGGACCAUGCCUGCUGCAGAAACCAAAGAACUCCGCCUGUGGCACUGCGGCAGGUGGCGAUGAGGACAAUGAAACGCCGGUCACCUAUGAAAGCACUCUCUGACAUCACCAGUCUCAAUGCAGCCAAUGGGGUGUUGAAAGAAAUAAUCUUUCAUUUUGGAUUUGAUGGCAUUUGUCUGCAAGUGCCGCAACAGUAUUGUCUAUCAUCAUGGAAAUCCUCACUGUUCACAUCUAUUUCUGUAUGUAUUCUUGAGGGAACACUCAACUCCGUUUUAAUUUGUAACAAAAUAACUGGAAUGACAUGUUGGAUAUGUCAGCUCUCCUUCAGCCACCGAGUGGCCUGCUACAUCUUGCUGUCUUCCAGACAGCUCCUGCUAUUCUCUCUACUGCAGGAGCACACCUGUGAAUAAUGACUACUCUAUGUAUUUGUAGCCACUGGUGAUUUCUACGCCUCAAACCAAUGACUCACAUCUGAACAUGUGAACGGUCAUGCAGCGUACGAGAGGUAGUUUCUGUUCAGAGUCAAAAUGUUUUUUUGUUUUUUUUUUAUAAUUGAAUGAAAUCAUUUUAUGAAUGUGGUUUUCAUUUUUAAAAAUGACUGUGGUUGUUCCUAUUUGUUAAAACAAGGGACUCGGACUGAAGUGGUAAUACUAAUAAUUGCAGCUAGUAAGCCUAUUGCGUUAGUUGCUAAAAUGAGCAGGAGUGUAUUUUUUAACAUGAGCUUAUGUUUGACACAUAUUUUAAGUCCUAUUGUUUUUAAUCAAAAUGUGUAAAAGCUCAGGAAAAUGUGUAUACAGUAAUCCACACAUUUCCCUUUGUUUCAAAAUUGAAGCUGAAUCAUAUUCAGUCCUUUAAACAUAUCUUUUAGCAGUCAUUUUUUAAAUCACGUUUUGUUACUUUUAUUUAAAAAAUCUGCAGUGUAUUUUAAGGAACUUCAAGAUGUUAAUUUUAUUUAAAUUAUGUGAUACAAAGUUUUUGUUUGCAGUAUUAGUAUUUAUGAGAAAUAUAUGGAACUGAGAAUUAGUUUUCUACUAAAUAUUCUUAAAUAAAGUUAUAUAAAAAAAAAAAGUUGAAUCUCUUGCUUAGUACUUCAGUUAUAGGGUUAGGGUAGUACCGUCGACCAAAAGUUGAAAUUUUUAGAUGAAUAGCAAUAAAGUUGCAAUCCCAUGAGCAUUCUCAUUUAGUAGAGUCUCCAAACCUUUUCGGAGUAUUGUAUUAACGGGAUAGCAUUUAGUUCAAAGCAUUACUGUGCCAAUAUAGAAUAAACAAAUUCAAACCAUGAUCCAGGAAACAUGAAAAUACAACUGUGAUGAUGUAAACAUUUAUGCAAAAAUAUUGGUAGGUAUUAGGAAUUACUUCAGAAGGAAGUAAAGUAUUUACAGCCGUUAUGGUACAGCGCAUAAAAAGAAACGGGCUGAAAACAACAAGGCUUAGUUCACUUACAUGAACCUCAAUAAGGCUUUCUAAAACUCUACUGCAAUGCUGAUACAACUCGACUGUGUUAUGGUUUGAAAUGAUUGAGUAACAUCAAUGGGCACAGAAAGGUUGCAAUGAGUUUAUCAAAUAAUAAUUUAUGCAUGAGUAUUUCAUAUUGCUAUAGUUUAAAUUUGGUACACAGUCACAAUGAAGGAAAAAGGCCUGGUUGUCACAAUAACUCAGCAAGGGUGCUAAAAUUGGUAGUAUGUAGCACAGUGAGAUUACAGACUGCAUAGCAGUUUUACUUCAUAUCUAAUAGAGGGAAAUUGUUGCCCUUGGACAUUUAUACUUAUUAAAGGCCAUUACAUCAAGUCACUGCAUUUACUGUAUGUUGUACUUUCAAAGUGGUCUCACUGAUUUAUGAAAGCUUCCAGAGAGACCAAAAUCAAAUUUACACAUACAGUGGAUACAGAAAGUUUUCAGACCCCCUUAAAUGUUUCACUCUUUGUUAAAAUAGAGCACAAAGCUAAAAUACAGUGGCUUCAGACUGUUUUUGAAUGGCCCAGCCAGAGCCCUGACUUAAACCCAAUUGAGCAUCUGUGGAAAGACCUGAAAAUGCCUGCUCACCAACGUUCACCAUCCAACAUGACAGAACUGGAGAGGAUCUACAAGGAGGAAUGGCAGAUGAUCCCCAAAUCCAGGUGUGAAAAACAUGUUG